AUGCUCGACCGCGCCGCGCAGUACUUCCUCGACUCGGACUCGCAGGCCGACCGGUGCGAGGACGACAUCUGGCUGCUCGGCGUGCGGCACCCGGGCUGGAGAGCGCCGGCCCCGGUCGACGACGAGCGAGACGGCGAGGUCGAGGCGGACGAGGGGCAGCGCAAGGGCGUCUCGGCCCUCGGCCGACGAGGUCGCAACAGCCCGACCAAGGCGCGCAAGUCGCCGGCUCUUCCUCCCCCUCAGCAGCCGUCGUUCGCGCCCUCAGCGUCGACCGGCAUCCCCCCUUCUUCGCCCUCGAGCCGUUCCUCGUCCCCCGCUCCUCCGCCAGCGACGAUCCACGGCUGGCCCGCGUCGUUCUACCACGACUUUUACUCGCGCCCGGCCCUCACCUACCGCUCGCACUUCCCCCUCAUCCCGUGCGACCCACCCUCGUCCAUCGGGCGCGGCGCACGAGCAGGUCCAGUGUCGUCGCCGAGCGAGGAGCGGGGGCUGAGCACCGAUGCGGGCUGGGGCUGCAUGUUGAGGACGGGGCAGAGCCUGUUGGCCAACGCGCUCGUCAAAGUUCACCUCGGCCGAGGUGCCACGACCGUCGCCGAUGCGGGCACCUACGCUCGCCUCCUGUCGCUCUUCCUCGAUGACCCGUCGCCGCUCUCGCCCUUCUCGGUGCACCGCUUCGCCCUCGAGGGCAAGCGCCUCGGCAAGGACGUCGGCGAGUGGUUCGGGCCCUCGACGGCGGCGGGCGCCAUCAAGUCGCUCGUCAACGGCUACGGCGCGGCGGGCCUGAGCGUCGUCAGCUGCAUGGACGGCACCGUGUACGAGAGCGAGGUCGCCGCGGCGAGCAGUGCGGCCGACGGCGCACGGUGGCAGAAGCCCGUGCUCGUCCUCAUCAACCUGCGCCUCGGCAUCGACGGCAUCAACCCGAUCUACCACGAGGCGGUCAAGACCAUCUUCCGCAUCCCGCAGUCGGUCGGCAUCGCCGGCGGCCGCCCCUCGUCCUCGUACUACUUUGUCGGCGCCCAGGCCAACGCCCUCUUCUACAUCGACCCGCACCACCCUCGUCCCGCCGUUCCGCUCCAGCUCGAGGCGUUCCUCCUCGACGCGUACGCCGACAGCGCGUGGGCGACGUACCACUGCGAGCGCGUGCGCAAGUGUGCCCUCGCCAGCCUCGACCCGAGCAUGCUUCUCGGGUUCGUCAUCGAGAACGAGCGCGACUGGAACGACUUUCGCUCGAGGGUGACCGAGGUGCGUCGCGAUGUCCACUCUUCGCCAGUCCUCCCGCGUUCUCGCCGACAACCUCCUGACGUACUCGUGUACUCAAUGCCGCACAGCUCUCGCGCACGUCGGCGCCAAUCUUCUCGAUCGCCCCGUCGCCGCCUCGGUGGAUGCGCCGCACGACCUCGUCCGCUCAACCCUCGGCCGCGCACGCCGCACUAG